AUGGUUUUGAACCAUCAGUUUGUCGUGAUAGAUUCUCCUUCUUGGUGGUGGUCCAUCGAGAGAAACAAUGAAAAACUUCUUCAAAGAAACAAUAAGUUAUCCGUGAUUGAAGAUUAUAACGAAGGAUCCCCCAGAAACGUUCCAGUAGAAGAAAUAAAACAAGGUGAUUGCAAAGGAACAAUGAAAGGUUUGAUCAAGUUUCUCCAUCGCAAGGAGGAACUGCAGACUAAAUACGAUUUGGUGCUUAAUAAUUGUAAAACGUUCGCAAAUAGAGUGUUCAAUGAAUAUUUGGUAGGAUGCGGUCAAAGAAACACUCAAUUUUUUGCGAACAGUGACACUUCAAAUGAAGAGCUGCUUUAA